ACUCAACAAAGAAAUAAUAAUAAAGUGAAGCUCGAUAAACACCAUGGCCCAACAGGUAGGUGUCGGCAACUUUAUUUCUACUUUCCCGUUUCUUUCGAAUUCUAGUAUUUUCAAGUGAAGGAACAGAACAAUGGUGUUUCACUGCCGAUGUUUCUCCUUGUUGGAAGAUGAUGAAGAGCUCACAUAUGAAUCCACAACAACUCAAACAAAAUCAACUACAACUUAUUACACUGCUGCUUCGGAUUUUAGUCGGUCCCAUGCAAAGACGUUACAAGUCUUGAAUUUAGCCAACAAAGGAAGCAAUCUGAGGGUUUUCACAUUUGCUGAGCUCAAAACAGCUACUGAAAACUUUUGUACAGCUUCGAAGAUCGGGGAGGGUGUGUUUGGGAGUGUAUAUAAGGGUGUGAUCAAGAGUUUGGACCUGGACCAUCCUAUGCAGGUGGCUGUGAAGCUCACCAAUGAAUUAUUGCAGGGGCACAAAGGGCGGGCAAGAGAGAUUAAUGCUCGUGGGUCGGUUGAGCAUCCAAACCUUGUCAAACUAAUUGGUUACUGUACGGAGGAUAAUGAACUUGGUACAAAACUACUUUUUGUCUAUGAAUAUAUGGUUAAUAGAAGUGUGAGAGAUCAUUUAUCUGCGAAAUCCGAAACACCUCUCUCAUGGAACAUGAGACUGAAAGUGGCUCAAGAUGUUGCUCGUGGUUUGACAUUUCUACAUGAACAAAUGGAAUUUCAGAUGAUUUUCAUGAAUUUCAAGUCUUCUAACGUUCUUCUAGAUGAUCAAUGGAAUGCUAAACUUUCGGGUUUUGGUGUGCCUCAAAUGCAAAAAGAAAUCACUCAUAUCAAAACCAAGACUGCAGCGCCAGUAUUCAUAGACAUCGGAUACUCUCCUCCAGAGUACUUUGUAAAAAGGCAUCGCACAUCCAAGGUUGACGUAUGGAGCUAUGGGGUUUUUCUGUAUGAACUUAUCACGGGUAGGCACCCAUUUGAUAAAAAGUUGCCUUUCAACGAGCAGAGGCUUGUACAAUGGGUGCAACCUUACCUAGGAUCAGACAGAUUUGAGUUAAUCAUUGAUCCAAGACUCGAAGGUAAUUACCCUCUGGAAUCAGCACAAAAGUUGUCUAUUAUAGCCGACAAGUGCUUGUCUGAAAGCCCCAACUCCAGGCCAAAGAUGAGUGAGGUCCUUGAAAUGGUUAACCAACUCAUUAUGGUUCAAUCACAAGCUACCAGUCCUGCAUCAACUCAGGUCCCACAGGUUGUGAUCGACCCGAAUAAAGUUUUUGCGGCUCCUGCCCAAGGUGAAAAGACUCAAGAGGAUAUAAAACACGAGGACGAAAGAGCCUCUUCGAAGCCUGCCUACCUUCCUCAGAUUCGCUAUUCGAAGCUCUGGAAAUCUUUAAAAUGUUGUUCUGGAAAGGGUUGUUGUGUAUCAUUGCAUUAAGAUAAACCUAUCAUUAGCUUUUCGAUGAUCUGUUUUCUUUUUUAGUUUAUGCUACAUAAAUUUAUUUAUAUAAUCUUAAAACGAAAUGUCGGUGCACCACUCUUUUGACAAUAAUGCCCUCGACAAAGAAGUCUUCACCCCUGCUUCUUUUGCGCUUCUUCUUCUAGAUCUGUGUAAACAAUUCUCUGUAGUCCAACCUUUGAGGUGAGUUUCUCCUUCUUCCACUCCCUUUGUUCAGUUACUCUUUUACUCAUUCUCCCUUUUCUCCUCUCGGCUAACAUGUAUAUACUCCAUGUUCUUUUCCUCAGUUACAACACAAGAAUCAGAAAAUAAAACUGCGGAAUCAACAAAUCAUCCAGAUUCGCAAACCCUAGAACGAAUAGGGUUUUUCAGGUCAGUCUUCGUCUGCAUCUUGCUUUUAAUUCAUGGUCUGAGGUACGUAGAAGUGUGUGUAACAGGAUAGAACUGAAGAAUUUACAAAGGUAAUUUUAGAACGACCUUACGAAACGACGACGGAAGCCCUCCUUCCCAAAUCAGACUAGAUCAGAGCUCUGGCGUCUUCCGACGCCCACUUUUUUAUGCGUUUUGAUUGGUCACCACUCCUUUCUCUAGGUGCUUUUACCGCUAGACACACCACCACUCCACUGUCCUUCCUUCUCUAAAUCUCUAUAUCAUCUCUUUCUGCAAAUUUUCUUUUUUGCAAACCAGUCUUGGAGUACACCUACCACUGCCGGCUACAAACCCUAAAGAGGGUCAUCAGCCUGAGCCGUCGAUGUAGCGGGUGUACCUAGGUACUACACCACUACUUACAGAGGCACGGUGACGGUGUUAGGAAGGAUCCGGUUAAGAGAGAGAGAGAGAGAGAGAGAGAGAGAGAGAAUGGGUCGAGUGUCAAGGAUAGAUGACAUCACCGGUAAAAAAACACCAAGUCGUUGCUGGUCUUUAAAACCAAAGUUGGGUAAUAUGGCCUCAGCCGUAUCGUGUCACUGUCGCCGUCAGGCGUCAACGAUCAGAUUUGGACCUCUUUCCGGCGGUGGUGGUAGACGCGUAUUGUAGAGAGAAUGUAUAGAGAGAAAUGGGGGUGGUGGUGUUGUAAUGGUGGCGGCUAAGAUGUAGGUUGCGGCGGUUGGUUAUUGGCGGUGAUCGGAUGUGUGGUGGUGAAGAGAUCUCCGGCGUGGCGAUAUUGGCAGUUGAAGACGGUGGUAUGAUAGAGUUGUGGUGGUGGUGUUAUGGUGGCAUGUCGGUGUUUGUAGUUGUAGUCAGAGAGUGUGUGACAUAACAUAUUUGUGAUGGUGGUAUUGGAUUGGAAGUAUAGAGAGCACAUGGUUUUGCUAUGGAAACAAAUCAUUAUUAAUUCCUCUAGGUAGUAUAGAGAGCACAUUUGUGUGUAUUUAUAUUUAUGUAUAGUAUAAUAUCUCGAAAACACUGAUGAUUUCAUGUGGAUCAUGUUGCAUGUCAUUUGAAUUUGUUAAAAGCAAAAGUAAAAACUAAAAAUAGUUUUAGUUAAAUCCUUA